AUGGCACCUAUAAAACUCGUCGAAUAUUUCCCCCUUCCGCCCCGUUGGCUAUUCGUUAAAAUAACCGAUGAGGAUGGUGCGUCAGGGUGGGGGGAGGCUUCUCUGGAAGGACACUCGCAGGCCGUGGAAGGAUGUUUGGACGCUUAUACCGAGAGGAUUGUGGGCAUGGAAGCUAAGGGAGGUCCAGUUAUGAUGAGUGCGUUGAGUGGGAUUGACAUUGCGCUAUGGGAUUUGAAAGCCAGGAAAUUAGGCGUCCCCAUUUAUCAGCUACUUGGUGGGAAGGUUAGAAGUACUCUUAAAGUGUACGCUUGGAUUGGAGGGGAUCGCCCUGAUGAUGUUCUGGUUCAGGCUCAGGGCCGUAAAGACCAGGGCUUCAACGCUGUAAAAAUGAAUGCCACGGAGGACAUGGGUUGGCUUGACAGCCCAUCUGCUUUACAGUCAUGUGUUGAAAGGCUGAAGACCGUGAAAAGCCUGGGAAUGGAUGCAGGUAUAGAUUUUCACGGUCGAAUUCACAAGCCUAUGGCUAAGCAGCUCGCCAAACUCCUCGAGCCUCAUCAGCCCAUGUUUAUUGAGGAACCCCUUCUCUCAGAGAACAUUGAGGGCAUUAAAGAAUUGUCACAACAUAUAGCAACACCAAUUGCGCUGGGAGAAAGACUACACAGUCGCUGGGACGUGAAACCCUUCCUGCAAGCUGCUGCAGUAGAUAUUCUCCAGCCUGAUGUCUGCCAUGUUGGUGGUAUCUCAGAGCUCCGUCGAAUCGCAACGAUGUGCGAAGCCUAUGAUGUUGCUUUGGCUCCACAUUGUCCGCUUGGGCCCAUCGCUCUUGCGGCUUGUGUGCAGGUCGAUGCCUGCACGGCAAAUUUUGCGAUUCAGGAGAUGAGUUUGGGAAUUCAUUAUAAUGCCGGGACGGAGGAUUUGCGGAGUUAUACUAAAAACCCCGAGGUUUGGGAUAUCAAGGAUGGGUAUAUUGAUCUGUUGACUGGGCCCGGACUGGGGAUUGAAAUUGAUGAGGAACAGGUGAGGAGAUUGUCGAAGGGUGCUAAGCCUUGGGUUUCUCCUGGAUUCUUUGGGCCUGGCGGCGAGGUAAGAGAAUGGUGA